AUGGGGGAGUCAAGGGUUCAACAGCCAUCUUCAGGGGAUUUCCCAGCUGCCAGUGCCACACAAGGUGACUCAAAAAUGGAAACAUUGGACCUUUUGAGUAGGUUUGGGGUGCCUUCAACCUCUGAGACUUCAGCCAGCAAUGAUCCUGAAAGCCAUUCCUGUCUUCCGCUAUCUCAGAAGGGAAAUGAAUCCACAAGAAUGUUGAUCCAGAAUACAUACAAAGCUCCUUCAAGUGUUAGUUAUCAUCAAGAUGGGGUUUCAGAGGCGAGGCAUUCUAGAUAUGAUGAGCAUGAGGGAGAAGUUAUCCAGGAUCAGAUUCAUACAACCCCGAACCAACCCAAAGACAUACACUAUUUAGGCUUUAGAUCACAGAAAAUGGGAAGCUCAGGAAGUCUGAGCGCAUCUCAUAAAAAAAAGGAGUUGAAAAGAGGAAGAACAUCCAUACCAGAAGUCAUGCAAUUAAGAAGAACAGAACACAAGAUACCUAAACUGGAAACUUCAAGUGAUACCCUCAAUGGGCUCCCUCAAUUGAUAAAAGUUGAAGAAGGUACACAAUGGCUUGAAUUCAACACCAGUUUAUUCUGGAUUUCACUAUCAGGAACAGAUUCGAUUGAUGUAAAGUCGAUUACUGAGCUGCUUCAGAUUGAGCGGUCCUCUCCGCCGACAAGGAUUGAAAUGAGUUUUGAGCAAGCCAGUUAUCUGUUUGAUCAUUUACUGUCAAGUAGCAAAAAAGACAAAAACAAACUGAGCCUCUCGCCAAAUAAAGGCCGCUAUCAUUCCUCAGAAAUCCUCAGCGAAAGCACCCAGGUCGUCGUCAAUCAUCACCAGCUUUGGCUGGAGUUUUGGGAAAGAAAAACGGGGAUGGAUCUGAAGUAUUUGGGCGAAAAGAAACACAACAAGUUCAAAAAGAUGCGUGAAGGGUUCCCGGUCUUUUUGUUCUAUGUUGAUAUGAUUGACACCAUCCUUAAUGUCCCACUGCUCGAUCCAAGUCAAUCGAAGUAUGAGCACAAGUCCAGUGUGUUGAGACUAGCGAUAGAAAAAUAUGAAGAGUACCGAGGCUCGCACGAAUUGGAAAGGGCACAGGCCUCAUACGCUCAAGGAUCGAGACUAUCCUGCAAGAAGUUUGAUGCGCCACUGGAGCCAAUAGUCUGGCAUAUGCUGGAUUUUUGGAUCGCGAAUUCGGGCAGAAUCGAGCUGAUCGAGUUGCGUGAGAGUGAAAGAACUUCGAGAUCCCAAGGAUUCAAAAGGUUCUUCAACACGCUCUUCAGACUUUCUAUCGGUCUGUGCACCCAUCAGUUGCAGGAAAUCCAAAUUCAAUCCCUCAACUAGCCCCCCCCCCCCCCC